CGGGGAAGAAGAAGACUAACCAAUUUGCGCGCCAACGUCUAGUCAGUGUUCUGUGUAGUCGGCCGGCACGUGGUUCAUUUAUUUUAGCAUCUUUUUAGUUUAACAAUCAACAAACACAUUCAAAAUGACUAAACCACCAUACAAAGUCGCCGAUUUGAAGCUGGCUGAUUGGGGCAGAAAGGAAAUCGAGCUGGCCGAGAACGAGAUGCCCGGUUUGAUGUCCCUUAGGAAAAAAUACCCCAACAAACCCUUAAAAGGUGCUAAAGUUGCUGGGUGCUUGCACAUGACCAUUCAAACGGCUGUUUUGAUUGAAACCCUUAUUGAAUUGGGAGCUGAGGUCCAAUGGUCCAGCUGCAACAUCUUCAGCACCCAAGACCACGCCGCCGCGGCGCUAGCCAAGAUCGGCAUCCCGAUCUACGCGUGGAAAGGGGAAACCGACGAGGAGUACAUGUGGUGCAUAGAGCAGACGCUAGUUUUUCCAGACGGCAAACCCUUCAACAUGAUCCUAGACGACGGUGGCGACCUCACCUCGCUGGUGCACACCAAAUACCCCCAGUACCUGAAGGAGUGCAGGGGAGUGAGCGAAGAGACCACCACGGGGGUGCACAACUUGUACAAGAUGGUCAAGAAGGGGGAGCUCAAGAUUCCCGCCAUCAACGUCAACGAUUCCGUUACCAAGAGCAAAUUCGACAACCUCUACGGCUGCAGGGAGUCGCUCAUAGACGGCAUCAAGCGCGCCACCGGCGUCAUGUUGGCCGGUAAGGUGUGCGUCGUGGCCGGCUACGGCGACGUAGGCAAGGGCUGCGCGCAGUCGCUGCGCGCGUUCGGCGGCCGCGUCCUGAUCACGGAAAUCGACCCCAUCAACGCCCUGCAGGCGGCCAUGGAGGGCUACGAGGUGACCACCAUGGAGGAGGCGAGCAAGGAAGGCCAGAUCUUCGUGACCACGACGGGAAACAAGGACAUCAUCGGCGCCCAGCAUUUCGUCAACAUGCGCAACGACAGCAUCGUCUGCAACAUCGGCCAUUUUGACUGCGAGCUGGACGUCAGCUGGCUGGAGAAGAACUGCGUCGAAAAGUCCAACAUCAAGCCCCAAGUGGACCGCUACAAGCUCAAGAACGGCAACCACAUCAUCUGCUUGGCGGAAGGCAGGUUGGUGAACUUGGGCUGCGCCAACGGGCACCCUUCCUUCGUCAUGUCCAACUCCUUCACCAACCAGGCUCUGGCCCAGAUCGAGCUGUGGCAGAACCCGGGGAAGUACCCGGUUGGCGUUCACAUCCUCCCCAAGACUCUGGAUGAGGAGGUGGCCAGACUGCACUUGGACCAAAUUGGAGUGAAACUCACCAAACUCACCAAAGAGCAGUCUUCUUACAUUGGAGUGCCAAUUGAGGGGCCUUUCAAGCCCGAUCACUACAGAUAUUGAGUUGUUUUGCGUUUUGUUUUUUUCAAUAAAGUUUUAAAAAAUAUAAAUGUU